GCGUAAAAUUAAGAUUGUAUCGCCUCUAUUCAGGUAACGUUAAGACUUUCAUACUGCAUGACUUGUCUUUGAGAAAAUGAGAAAAUGACAAAGUAAAGUCGCUUACUCUGCCUGUCAAUUCGCUCGAGCAACAAAUCGGGAACGAAAUUUGGGGUGAGUGAAUCGAUUACAGGUGUGAAUAUGUUUGGAGCUCCGGUGGAUUUAUCUUUUAAACACAUCAGCAGUUUGGCAGACACAUGGAUAGAGGAACCCAGCAGCGGUCUGCGGCCGUCAAAGACAAAUUCAGAGAUGAAGUACCUAAGUCGCUCCCUGCGUCUUAAUAACAACAACAUCACUGACCUUUGUGACCUCCAGAAGACUGUUUGCCACUUCCUGGCUGAGCCAUCACAGCUUGCCUGGCUGGAUCUUUCCUUCAACAACAUCUCACACAUAGAUCAAGUUUUGAGUGAGCUGCGCGAACUGCGUGUGUUGUAUCUUCACGGCAACAGCAUUUUUAUUCUGUCAGAGGUGGACAGGCUGGCAGCGCUGCCACAUCUACACACUAUCACUAUGCAUGGAAAUGUUAUAGAGACUAACAAGGCUUACAGGAAUCGGGUUAUUUCUGCACUGCCUCGGUUGAAGACGAUGGACUUCAGCGCUGUGACACGUCAGGAGCGAAUCAUGGCGAAGAUUUGGCAUAACAGCAACGGCCGCAGUAGAGGCAGCAAGGAGACCCUCCAGUGACUGCUGGCUCGUCUCCCUUGGGGUGUGUUGAAAUCGAAGUUUCACCCAAAUGUUCUAUGCUCCACCACCACCAACACCACAGGUGGAAAGCCGCUAAAAUAUUAUUUACAUUGUAUGUUUGUCUGUAUAUCUGUGAUGAAAUUAGCACUGUUAUAAUGCUUGUUUUUUCUCCAUUUUCAACCUGCUAUCAUUGAUUAGUCCAAAAUGUCACUGAAUGAUCCUGAGGUAUUGGCUCUGACAUACUUGAAAUUCUCUAAUUGUUCCUAACAUGGGUGUGUUUUUUAUUGUUAUUAAUGUUAAUGACUGUGUGUAGCAUUACUGAACCAACUACUUCCCAGAUACGAGCAUAGGGAUGUUAAACUUUAUUAAAUAUGACAUGUGAGUGCUUA